ACAUACAAAGCAAACUAUGGUCAGGGUGUGACAGAGUCACACUCACACACCACAUGGGUGUGGCCUGUGGCUCUAGGAUCACAAUCUCAGUCUAUGAACCAUUCACACAGAGACCAGGAAGAGCUUUGCAUCCAGGGCUGCAUCUGUCACACUGUGUAACUCUCUCUUUCAACCACAUCAUUACCAUUGACUCAGUUCAUCUCUUUUCUGAAGAAAUGAAUUUCACAGAAGUAAACUCCUCCUCUCUAAACCUCUCCCACACUGUAGAUCUCAACUUUUACUGGGAAUACUGUAAGGACCUAACCCCAGUAUUCCUUGCCUGUGAACUCACAGCGUUGGCUCUUGCUUUCCCCAUCCAUGGCUACACUCUCUGGCUCAUCACCGGCUCCGCCUCCAUCGCCACGGAGAUCUUCAUUUUCAACAUGGCCGUCCUAGAGAUUGGCUACAGUCUGUUAAUCCCGCUAGCUGAUGCUGUCUACCUCCUCACAACAUAUCAAAGCCACUUCAGUGUCAUCGCCUACACCGCCUCUCUUCUCCUCUUCAGCCGUCCCGUGUUCCAGUGCUGCAUCUGUGUGGAGCGCUACCUGGCGGUGGUCCACCCUGUGGUCUUCCUGAAGUACAAACCCUUAAGGUACAGGGUUGGGUGGGCGGCCGGGGCCUGGGGGGUCACGCUGAUGUUCACCGGUACGGCUGUUUCCCUCUACACUCCUCAGUUCCCCAUCCACUGCUUCCUCACCUACACCCUGCUCUUCCUAUUCGUCGAUCUAUUCUGCAGCCUCUCCAUCCUCCGUGUCCUGAAGCGCCCAAAACUGGGGCAGGGAGAGAUGGAGAGAAGAGGAGGAGGGGAAAAUGAGAAAGAAGGGAUGAACACCAUGAAGAAGAGAGCAUUCAUGAUUGUCUCUGUCGUCAUGACCACGAUGUUGAUCAACAACAUUCUCACAGUGGUCAUUUACCUUCUGUGUGACUUCAUCGCAGCCAAGGUGUUCUGCCUGCUCGAUGCCUUCAACAUGUUACUCCUGGUGUUAUGUGGGUUGGUGCAGCCCCUCUUCUACCUGCACAGGAGUAGGAAACUACCCUGCUGCCUCAGGGGCCAGUGAG